GUAGGACGGAGACAUCAGACGCAGCAAGAUACAUACAUGUUCAACCGCAAUUGUUGUGUGAUGCAGUAUAUAUGCCGGAGUGGAGAAAGCGAGCGCAAAGCAGUUGAUUAGGCUGCAAGGAUUUUCCAGCCUGAACGUUUGUCUAUUUUUGGGAAUGUAUUUUUUUUUAUUGACAAUCUAAUGUCUCUUUCUUUGAAUACUUGGUUGGCAGUGACGACAACUUUCCAUUUUUAACUAGCCUACUUAAUCUAACGUUCGUUGGUUUGGGAAAGAAGACAAACUGCGAAUAGGGAAAAAUACAUAAUUUUAGAAUGGAAAACGACUAAACCUUGGAUUGGGACAGUACAUCAUCGCGACAGCUCGCAAUGUUAAAUGCGGAAAUGCGCUAUUUUCUUUGGUUUGUGGAUAUUUCAGCUCGAUCGAGGAGAAUAAAAAGCCUUUGGGUGUCUGUGAUUGGACCGGACACGGACUGGGGCUGACUGAUGUUUUUCCAGGAGGAAAUGUUUUUUGGGGAGAGAUGAAUACGAGUUUGCUGCUGCUCGCAGCAGGAGAGAUGCCAGUCACUCCAUGCGCCACACUCCAGUGAGGAUUGACAACGUGCCGGCAAAAACGGAAAAGAUUCAUGGAUAAUUCUAUGUUUCAUUUUUCAAAAAUAUUUAUGUAAAAUUGUUGUUUGAUUGUACUCUUAUUUUAUGGGUUAGAACAGUUGUCAACACCUCCACAACUUUAUCUGUCUGCUGCGUUUUCAAACCUUUCCAAGUGGAGAUGGACAUUGUGCGUUUGUGUACGGUAUUGGACUGGAGUAGCCUAUACAGUAGGCAGAACAUUAGUGCUGUCAAGCUCUGGCCUCCUGGCAAUUAUUCACGCUGACUGGUAUUGUAGAAUGCAUGCUAUUUUAUUGUGAAAUAAUAUAGUCUGUCGUUUUUUUUUUAGGGGAUGUGAGAUUGAACUGUCAGAAAACACAUCUCAUAUAUAUUUGAAUAUGUCUCCAAAAUACAUUUCUGAAGUUUUUGAAAAAUACUUAAAUUUGCCCUUCUGCUUCAAAAAAGAGAUGAUAAUAUAAACAACACAACAACAAAAUGUCUUGGACCAUGGCAAAAAAGUGGAUAGGGUGCUAUAUAUUUUUACUGGCACUCUUGGCAGUGGGAAUGGCCUUUUCGGGUGUAUUCAAUGCAUCUGAAAAAUACAUUUUUACGGAUGAUUUGGUGCCGCUCAAACUCACCCAGGGUAAAGCAUCAGAGCAUCGAAAACUUCAAUCUACAGAUUCUCAUCCCAACCUGUAUUUCAACCAAGUUGAUGUACAGCUUAUGAGGCAAAGAUCGUCCAGCACACAUAGCCACAUUUUCAAAGUAAUCAGAGCAGCGGUCCUGACCAUGCUGUCCAAUGUGCCCCUUUACAUGCCCCCUGCAAAACAUGAGGAGUUUACUAGCAAGUGGAAUGAGAUUUACGGGAACAACCUACCCCCCCUUGCUCUGUAUUGCCUGCUGUGCCCAGAGGAUUCAGGUGCCCUGCAGUUUCUCAUGAAGUUUAUGGAUAGAAUGGCAAAUUACCCGGACUGGAAGGUGACCAGUGCUCCCAAUGAUGAGGUGCCCUUGGCACACUCACUGACUGGGUUUGCCACCGCAUAUGACUUUAUUUACUCGUUCCUGGACGAGCACCGACGGGAUGUUUACCUCAAGAGAAUUCGCUCUGAGACAGAGGAGCUGUAUGAAACGUCUAAGUAUAGGGGUUGGGGGAAACAGUAUCUCCAAAAUCAUCAAACCACUAAUAUAUUAGCCAUCUUGACUGGGGCUAUUGUGGUCGGCGCCCAUGAUGACCCAGAAACGAUGGUUUGGAAACAGGUGUCAGUCAAUUAUAUGGAGAAGACCAUGUUUCUCCUAAACCACGUUGUAGACGGGUCACUGGAUGAGGGCGUGGCAUACGGGAGCUAUACAGCCAAGUCGAUCACUCAGUAUGUUUUCUUAGCGCAACGUCAUUUCAACAUUGACAACACACAGAACAACUGGCUGCGGGAACACUUCUGGUUCUACUAUGCCACUCUUCUGCCCGGCUUUCAGAGGACUGUGGGCAUAGCCGACUCCAACUACAACUGGUUCUACGGCCCAGAGAGCCAGCUGGUGUUCCUAGACACAUUUGUUAUAAGAAACGGCACUGGGAACUGGCUAGCCCAGCAGAUUAGAAAGCACAGGCCCAAAGACGGUCCCAUGGGUCAGUCCUCUGCCCAGCGCUGGACUACCCUACACACUGAGUACAUCUGGUACAAUGCCCAUCUCACUGCACAACCUCCCCAUGGCUUUGGCAAAGCCAGGAUGCAUAUUUUCUCUAACUGGGGUGUGGUGACGUACGGAGCCGGGCUGCCCAACGGUCAGGGAAACACAUUUGUCUCCUUUAAAUCCGGGAAGCUGGGUGGCCGUGCCGUGUAUGACAUCGUUCAUGCAAAGCCCUAUUCAUGGCUGGACGGCUGGAAUAGCUUCAACCCAGGCCACGAGCACCCGGACCAAAACUCCUUCACUUUUGCCCCUAACGGACAGGUAUUUGUGUCUGAAGCACUUUACGGGCCUAAGUACAGUUAUCUGAACAAUGUGCUGGUGUUCGGCCCCUCUCCCAGCAGCCAGUGUAACGCUCCAUGGGAGGGCCAGCUGGGGGAGUGUGCUAAAUGGCUGCGCUGGACAGAUGAAGGGGUAGGGGAUGCUGCUGGGGAGCUGAUCGCUGCCUCCUCCCAUAGAGACACUAUGUUUGUAAGCGGGGAGGCAGCCCCAGCUUACUCUCCUGCCAUGCGGCUGAGGAGUGUCUACAGGGCCCUUGUGCUGCUCAACUCCCAGACCUUGCUAGUACUGGACCAUGUUGAGAAGCUGGACGAUUCGCCCAUCACCUCACAGAGUGCGUUCUUCCACAACCUCGACAUUGACUUCAAAUAUGUCCCCUAUAAAUUCAUGGACAAGUACAAUGGGGCGUUGAUGGAUGUGUGGGAUGCUCAUUAUAAAAUGUUCUGGUUUGACAGUCAGGGUCUCAGCCCAGAUACUAGGAUACAGGAGGCCGAGCAGGCUGCGGAGUUCAAAAAGAGGUGGACACAGUAUGUUAACGUCACUUUCCCCAUGAGGGGCACAGUAAGCCGAGUGGCCUAUGUGAUGCAUGGACCUUAUGUCAAAGUGUCCAACUGUCGAUUUCUGGACAGUAGCAAAAAUGGUGUCAGACUAUCUCUAGUUAUAAACAACACAGAGAAAAUAGUUUCAGUUGUUACAAACUAUAAAGACAUAGGAACAAGAUUAAGUUAUUUAGGAUUUGGGGGUUAUGCCAAAAUGGAAGACAGACAUCAGAUCAUUCGAUAUGGCCUGGGGACUCAACUGGUUCCGAAACAAAACACAGUGGACAAUCAGCUGUUUGAUUUUGGAUUCACAGUCAAUGUGAUAGCGGGGGUGAUACUUUGUGUUGCUAUUGUUUUUUUGACCCUGCAGAGAAAGUUCUAUGUGUGCUUCAGUAGACUGAUGCGCUAUGCUCUGUUCUCGGUGCUCAUACUGUGGAUAGCUGCGCUGUUGUUCGUGUCAAACACCUGCGAUCAACUCCUAUGUGGGGUCAAAUGGAAAGGUGUCAGCACUGACCCAGAGGUCAGCAAACAAACCAGACUUUAUGAUCAACAUCGCUUUGCCCUGCCAACCGUUGUCAUAACGACCCUGCCUGGCUCAGGAUCUGAAAUACUUAAGAACCUUUUUGACAACAGCUCCGACUUUGGUUACAUUCGGGUCCCCACGGAGCAUGUAGACAUUCCAGAGACCGAGUUCGAAUUUGACUCGCUGGUUGAUGCCUGUGAGUGGUCCAGAACGGACGCCCUGCGCGGACGCUUUAAAAUCAUCCAGGGCUGGCUGCAUUCUCUGGUCCACAACACCAAGCUGCAUUUGCAGAACAUCCAGCUAGUGGAGAGUAGCAGGGCCAAGCUGCCCCAGAGAGCCCCAGGCCCCGGCAGUGACAGGAGGAAGAGGACCAGGAGGAAGGAGCCUGCCGCCGAGCUGAGGGGCAAGAUGAGGGGCGGCCUUGAUCGGGAUGCUGAGUACGUCAGGGAGAUGAGGCGUCACGUCAGUGAGUACCCCAAUGCCCGCGUGGUCCUCAACAUGAGGAGUGGAAGCUGGGGGCUCAAACUCCCCUUCCUUCAGGAGGUGGUGGGCCCGUCCCUGAGGACCAUCAAUGUAGUCAGAGACCCCCGGGCGUGGAUCUAUCUCAUGCUCUAUAACAGUAAACCCAGCUUUUACUCCCUUAAAAACAUUCCUCAACACCUGUCCCUGAUAUUCAAGGAGGACGGUAACAGUAGCAGUACCAGGGACAGGUGCCCAGUCUCAGCCCCUGAGUUCAGAAUGAUCCGGAGGCUCUUGUCCCACUCGGAGGCCAGUGCCGUCCUCCUGCUGGCUCACCUGUGGCUGGCACACACUGCUGCAGUGCUCCGGGUCAGUGGGAGCCUCCAGGCAGAGGCCUACCUCCAGGUGAGGUUUGAGGACAUAGUCACUUUCCCCCAGGAGACAGCUGAAAGGAUCCACAGGUUCCUGGGGGUGCCGGUCACACCGGCGGCCCUCAACCAGCUCAUGUUCACCACCUCCACAAACUUGUACAACCUGAUGUACGAGGGGGACAUAUCACCAGCCAACAUUAACAUAUGGAGGCAGAACAUGCCUCGCAAGGACAUCAGACUGAUAGAGGACACAUGUGGGGUGGUCAUGAAAAGACUUGGGUACUCCAGGUUUAUCAGCUAGUUAAUGUUACUGCUGCAGGUCAGCUGAUAUCAAGCUGUCUUGUUUGUAACUGUCAAUCUUUUACUUUAAUCAUCUCUAAUGUUGUAUUUUGCACUGACCGGUAACGGAAGUGAUAUCAUCACUGAGUCACUGAUGGGAAGUAGUAACACGACACAAAAACAAUUAUUUAAGCCCAAUUAUUUAACUGUUCUGGGUUUUACUCUGUUACAUUAUACGUGGGCGGUUCUACUCACACAUGAUACCUUGUGUUUGCAAGUGAGGGAUGUUUUACAUUAAAAUUAGUUGAAGGGGAACUUUAAAAGUGAAAGUAUUUGAUUGUGUUUUCUCCCUAUUAUCCCUGGACAAUUACUUUAAACACUCUUUGUUGGAGUGAGAUUUCCACCCUUUGAUGUCUUACAGUUGUCUCUUAAAAAGUCUCCCAAAAAACAGCAAUGUCUAAACAGAUUAUUUUUGUAAAGCUGUUUGGAGCUUAGAAAUACAAUAUGUUCCUAGUGCUUAAUUGUUUUUUAAUAUAUAUAUAUAUAUAUACUACCGUUCAAAAGUUUGGGGUCACUUAGAAAUGUUCUUGUUUAUGAAAGAAAAGCACAUUUUUUGUCCAUUAAAAAAUGGCUGUUCUUUCAAAAACAAAGAGAGUUCUAAGUGAUCCCAAACUUUUGAACGGUAGUGUAUAGAUAUAUAUGUACAGUUGAAGUCUGAAGUUUACAUACAGCUUAGCCAAAUACAUUUAAACUCAGUUUUCCACAAUUCCUGACAUUUAAUCCUAGGUCAGUUAGGAUCACCACUUUAUUUUAAGAAUGUGAAAUAUCAGAAUAAUAGUAGAGAGAAUGGUUGAUUUCAGCUUAUAUAUCUUUCAUCACAUUCCCAGUGGGUCAGAAGUUUACAUACACUCAAUUAGUAUGUGUUAGCGUUGCCUUUAAAUUGUUUAAAUUGGGUCAAAUGUUUUGGGUAGCCUUCCACAAGCUUCCGACAAUAAGUUGAGUGAAUUUUGUCCCAUUCCUCCUGACAGAGCUGGUGUAACUGAGUCAGGUUUGUAGACCUUGCUUGCACAUGCUUUUUCAGUUCUGCCCACAAAUGUUCUAUAGGAUUGAGGUCAGGGCUUUGUGAUGGCCACUCCAAUACCUUGACUUUGUUGUCCUGAAGCCACUUUGCCACAACUUUAGAAGUAUGCUUGGGGUCGUUGUCCAUUUGGAAGACCCAUUUGCGACCAAGCUUUAACUUACUGACUGAUGUCUUGAGAUGUUGCUUCAGGUGUUUGGAAAUUUCUCCCAAGGAUGAACCAGACUUGUGGAGGUCUACAAUUGUUUUCUAAGGUCUUGGCUUAUUUUGAUUUUCCCAUGAUGCCAAGCAAAGAGGCACUGAGUUUUAAGUUUGGCCUUGAAAUACAUCUACAGGUACACCUCCAAUUGACUCAAAUGAUGUCAAUUAGCCUAUCAGGAGCUUCUAAAGCCAUGACAUCCUUUUCUGGAAUUUUCCAAGCUGUUUAAAGGCACAGUCAACUUAGUGUAUGUAAACUUCUGACCCACUGGAAUUGUGAUGCAGUGAAUUAUAAGUGAAAUAAUCUGUAAACAAUUGUUGGAAAAAUGACUUGUGUCAUGCAGAAAGUAGAUGUCCUAACUCACUUGCCAAAACUAAAGUUUGUUAACAAGAAAUUUGUGGAGUGGUUGAAAAAUGAGUUUUAAUGACUCCGACCUAAAUGUAUGUAAACUUCCGACUUCAACUGUAUAUAUAUAUGAAGAAUGUGUUCCUAGUGCUUAUAUAAAUAUGUAUAUGAAUAAUGUGGACUGUAUUUUCAUAAAAAUGUAUACUGGAAAUGUUUUAUGUUAGACAAGAAUGCCAUCAAUGGCUUUUAUUUGAAGUUCAUGACAUGUUAAUGGUUUAGCACUUUGCAGGGAUUCCCUCAGAUUAUCUGUGAAAGACUAUACAUUUUAAGCCUUUAAAAUCAAAUUGAAGUAAUUAUUCAAAUGGUAAUCUUAGGUUGUUGAUUUUCUGGCGAGAAAAGAAAAGCAAUGCCUUGUUACAAACACACAUACCCCAAAAGCUAUAACAAAUUAAAAUGGAAAAUUAAUACCAUGAUCAUGACAUGAAGUUUAACCCCUUCAUGGCAUUCAUUGAGUUAAAUCCAAAGAGGGUCAGCUCCAUAGAGAUCAAACUGGGCUAAACGACAGCCCUGACACAGUUUCAGUCUGAGCUAUUCCAAAGCAUCCCCCCCAGCUACCCAUAUUAAUCUGCAAAACACCAUAACUGGGGCUCUGUCCUCUUGUUUCUGUUGCUGUGUUAUCUUCACUCGGCCCUAGAGGAAAUGCAAACAACGCAAGUUUCCAUUUCCUGUCGCGCUCAAUCAGAUAUCUAAUGAUCUUUCAGGACUUUGUCCUUAAACAGUUCACUAGACAGCAGCCUCCACUGGUUAUGAAUAUUAAGUGUCUAUUAAAAGGAAGUCUAGAAGUUUUAGUUGUCUGGGUUGUUAUGUUCUAUUCUAAAAGCCACCAGUGUGGACAAAAUGUAUUGAGUCUUUUUGAGUUUAUAUUUUAUGCUUAAUAUACAUUUAAAUAAUUGGAUAUUAAACAACAUGGAAAAAAUACACACUCAAAAACUGCCAUUGUGUAUGUAAAGAAAUAUACGUAUCAUAUCUUACGGAAAUAUCAGUCCUUUCUCAGCCAGAAACUGUCCUGGUUUUCCACUAUGAACACUGAAACCUGUGAUUGCUUGGAAAACCUGUUUGAUGUUGUGGUCUUUGACUGUGUGUAACUUGGCAGCCAUGCUCUCUCUUUGGUGUUGCAAUCCUGUUACCAACUCUGUUUUGUAUUUGCUUGUGGGGAUGUGUUUCCUUGCUUCUGUGGCCUUGAAUUACAAACAUACUUCUCUACAUCUGGUUUUAAUGGGCUCCAGAGCAGGAUGCUUAGACAAUGUAAAAGAAAAUGAUACAUUCUUAAAUACAGUACAUUGACAACCAGUGA